AUGGACAACUACUCAACUACCACCACUGUUGGGCUCAUGCCCCGUCUUCUCACCCCUGCGACCGCUGCAUGGUGCCUUCCCUUCGGGGCGUACUUUUUCCUUCUCUCUGGCCGCGUCGUAUACAUCCGUCUCACCACCGGGACGGCCCUCGGUGACCACAUCGGGGCCUCAUCCCCCUCGCCCGGCAAGGCCGAGAUGGGCGGCGCCGGGGCGAACAAGACAGAGCUCGCUGGAACCAGAAAGAAGACCCUUGCAGACAAGCCGGAUCCGCUGUACUUGGCAGUCAGGUGCUACGGUAACUUCAUUGAGACUGUGCCGAUGGCUAUGAUUUUUACAUUUCUCGCGGAGCUCAACGGUGCGGACCAUAAGAUGAUGAGCUAUGCGCUUGGGACGUACUUCAUGCUCAAGGCUGCUCACAUUGAAUUUGGCCUCCGCAGUGCUGGAACUAUGGGUGUUGGAAGACCGAUUGGAUACUACGGUGCCCAGCUGUGGUUCGCGGGGAUGGCCAGCUACUGCGCGUACCUCACCAAGGACUACUGGAUGGCUUAA